GGAAGCAUCUUUAAGCAUGCGUGUUCACCAAGUAUAUAGAGUGGAAUUGGAUUAACUAAUGGCGUAUAACAUUAGAACUCCACUCAUAUUUUCACCGUAUUAUUAACCCAAGUAACAUAAAAAUGUCACCUUAUUAUAAAAAAUAUAUAAAUCCUUUUAUAAGAUUUGUGUAUUAACCCUCAAGAAGAAGAAACUACUGUCUCUCUUCUAAACUUUACGGAGUACGGACCCACUCGCUGCUACGUGAUUUGGUUUUCUAGUUCGGUUUAUACCAAAAUACAAAACCAAAUCUUCUUUGUUUUAUCAUCCAAACAUAAACAAAGCAAAUACUUCGAUUUCGAUUUUCAUGGCGACGCCUAAUCAAGAGACGAUUCAGACAUUCAUCAGCAUCACCGGCGUAUCUGAACCAAUCGCACUGCAAAAACUCGAGGAGCAUGGUGGUAAUCUUAAUGAAGCUGUAAAUGCAUAUUUUGCUGAAGGAGACAGAAAUUUGAUGACCAGCUCUACCAUAGUUCCUCAAGAUGAUUUCAUGGAUAUAGAUGAUCAACACAAUGCUGAAACUCAUAGACCUCCAUCACUUUUAUCUUUAGGAAGAAAUCUAGAUCCAUUUUCUCUGCUUGAUCCUACAAUUGGGAGAAGUAUAUUUGAUACUCAUCUCAAUUCAACAAACCAGACGCCAUUUGUUACACAUCCAAGAGAGGUAAGGGAGAUUCCUAUAGAGGUCAAGGAUGGCAAUCAAUCCACUUCUCAAGCUGGCCAUAUUCCAAUCGUUGAAGAUGUGACUGGAACUGUUCAUGCCCAAGGUCCAGAUAUACAUGGGAGUGUCGUUAUACUUGAUGAAGACGAUGACGAUACUCCACCUGCUCAGACUCAUACUUCACCUGACCGUAGUGUGAGACCUAGUGCUCCCAACUUUGAGAAUUUACCAGAUAAUAGCAAUGAUAUAGAAGAAGAAAUGAUCCGUGCAGCCAUUGAAGCAUCCAAACGGGAGGCUGAUGAAAAUUACAGAAGUCACGAAAUUGGCAGACAAACUGACUUAAUUGAAUCUGGGCCUAACCCAAGGCAAACAUAUCUGGAGGAUCCUGAGCUUGCCCAUGCAGUUUCAUUGUCCCUGAAGACAGCAGAACAAGAAAAAGCACGCCGUGUACAAGAAGGUGAUUUGGGAGCAUCUACUGCAGGGCCAUCUAAGACACCGGGAGUUGAAUUAGAGGAAGUAUCUUCAAAUGGAAGAUUGCAGGCAGGAAGCUUGUCCUUUAAAGACGAAGAUGAAGAGGUAGAAGAGAUGCCUUUGGUCAGGAACAGGUCUAGACAUGUGUCGCUUGGCUCCACAGGAUCAAGCAAAGAUGCUGAAUUUAUCGAGUCUAGUACACUGCCAAGCACAACACUUCCGGAAGACAGUGAUUCUCCUCCACAUAAUGACAUUCCCUUCCAAUCUGAUGAAUGGGGUGGCAUUUCUUCAGUGGAGCAUGAUGAAGCAGUAAUGCUUGAGGCUGCAAUGUUUGGUGGAAUCCCUGAAGGAAGUGGUUAUCGCCAUGCUUAUGCACCACAUGAGUUCAUGCAGAAUAGGGGUUUCAAUCCUCAGCCCACACCUCUUGCAUAUCGCCCACCUUCACCAUCAUUGGAGGCUCAGCGCUUGAUAAGGGAGCAGCAGGAUGAUGAAUACCUCGCAUCAUUACAAGCAGACAGAGAAAAAGAAUUGAAGGCUAUAGAGGAAGCUGAGGCUGCUCGCGAAGAGGAAAGACGGAGAGCAGAAGAAUCUCAAAGGAAGUUGCAGGAAGAGCAGGAAUUGGAAACACAGUUAGCUGUCAAAGAAGCCUCUCUACCACCAGAACCAUCCUCAGCUGAUGAUAAUGCUGUGACCCUGCUGGUAAAAAUGCCAGAUGGCAGCCGUCGUGGCCGCCGAUUCCUAAGAUCUGAUAAACUACAGUCUCUUUUCGACUUCAUAGAUAUUGGUAGACUGGUGAAACCGAGCAGUUACAGACUGGUGAGACCAUAUCCUAGGCGUGCCUUUGGUGUUGGAGAAAGUGCUGUGACACUUGAUGAACUUGGCCUAACCAACAAGCAAGAAGCUUUGUUUUUGGAGUUAGUCUGAUGCCCUGAUGCAGAAUGCUAGAAGAAAAGCUUUUAAAGUCAUCAUUAGUUUAUUAAAACAUGAACCAAUACACAUAAAAAGGACGUCACAUUUUAAUCUGCUUUUGUGUUAAAUGAUGUUAUUUAUGAAUUUAAACAUCUACAAGGACCGCGUGCUUUACUUGUGAUGGAAAUCUUUGUGGAGACUAGUCUGCAGUAUCGCAUACGAUUAAAAACAAUUCAUGAUUAAUAAAACUACAACCAUCUUUUCCCCUUCAAACAA